GUCCCUUUCUCCCUCCGCAGCUCGCCUUUCCCCAGACGCUGCGCCUCUGCCGGAGAGGAGCCUGAGGGAGGGGCCGGAAGCGCCGCCAUCCGUCCUCAGGCUCCGAAAGCCAUGUCCCAGGAUUUGGUGACAUUUGGGGAUGUGGCUAUAGAUUUCUCUCAAGAGGAGUGGGAAUGGCUAAAUCUUGCUCAGAGGAAUUUGUACAGGAAGGUGAUGUUGGAGAACUACAGGAACCUGGAAUCGCUGGGAGUUUCCGUUUCGAAGCCAGAGGUGAUCUCACUUCUGGAGCAAGGAAGAGAGCCCUGGAUGGCGACAAAGGCCAGGACAGAAGGCACAUGCUCUGAUUGGGAGUAUGCAUUUAAAAACAGUGAAUUUUCAUCAAAGCAAGUUAUUUAUGAAGAAUCAUCCAAAGUAGUGACAACAGGAAGAAGCCAUCUUAGUUACAGCCUUGAUUGCCCCAGUUUGAUAGAAGACUAUGAAAGUGGGGACUGGUUUAACAACAAGUUGCAAAGUAAGGAGGUACAUCCUAGUCAACUGAUCAUCACGCAUAAGGAAAUCCUUACUGAAGAUCAAAGUAGUGAAUGUACUAAAUCUUGGCAAACUUUCCACCAGGAUGCAAUAUUUGCUAUAAAACAGGGUUUUCCCACCAAAGAAAGAACACAUAAGCAUGAGCCACAAAAGAGAAAAUACCGCAAAAAAUCUGUGGACAUGAAGCCUAAGAAAGUCUAUGUAGAAAAGAAACUUUUGAAAUGUAAUGAGUGUGAGAAAGUUUUCAACCAGAGCUCAUCCCUUACUCUUCACCAGAGAAUUCAUACCGGGGAGAAACCCUAUGCCUGUGUUGAAUGUGGGAAAACCUUCAGCCAGAGUGCAAACCUGGCUCAACAUAAGCGAAUACACACCGGGGAGAAGCCCUACGAAUGUAAGGAAUGUAGGAAAGCCUUCAGCCAGAACGCACACCUCGCUCAGCACCAGAGAGUUCACACUGGAGAGAAACCUUACCAGUGUAACGAGUGUAAGAGAGCCUUCAGCCAGAUUGCACACCUGACGCAACACCAGAGGAUUCACACUGGAGAGAGACCGUUCGAAUGUAUUGAGUGUGGAAAGGCCUUUAGUAACGGUUCGUUUCUUGCUCAGCAUCAGCGGAUUCACACAGGGGAGAAACCUUACGUAUGUAAUGUGUGUGGGAAAGCCUUUAGCCAUCGUGGUUACCUAAUCGUGCAUCAGAGGAUUCACACCGGAGAGAGACCUUACGAGUGUAAGGAAUGCAGGAAGACCUUCAGCCAGUACGCACACCUGGCUCAGCACCAGAGAGUCCACACUGGAGAGAAGCCGUAUGAGUGUAAGGUGUGUAGGAAAGCCUUCAGCCAGAUCGCAUACCUCGAUCAGCACCAGAGGGUCCAUACUGGAGAGAAACCCUAUGAAUGCAUUGAAUGUGGGAAGGCCUUCAGCAAUAGUUCGUCGCUGGCACAACACCAGCGGAGUCACACGGGAGAGAAACCUUACAUGUGUAAGGAGUGCAGGAAAACAUUUAGCCAGAAUGCAGGCCUUGCUCAGCACCAGCGGAUCCAUACUGGAGAGAAACCUUACGAAUGUAACGUGUGUGGGAAAGCCUUUAGCUACAGUGGCUCUCUUACCCUGCAUCAAAGAAUUCACACUGGAGAGCGACCCUACGAAUGUAAGGACUGCAGGAAAUCGUUCAGGCAGCGUGCACACUUGGCUCAUCACAAGAGAAUUCACGCUAUGGAGUCUUUCUUGAGUCUCUCCUCUUCCUCACCCUCCAUGUCCAGCCAUUUGCCAAAAGCUAUAGGUUUUAUCUCCUAAAUAUGCCUUGAAUCUCACUCCUUUAAUCAUUUCCACUCCAUCACCUUCAUCCAGUGCACAAUCAUCUCCUUGACAUGGUCUAUGGAAAUAACUUCCUAACUGGAUUCCUGUGUUGACCACUUACUUUGUCAGUUGUCACACUGCAGACAAACCUAUUAAAAAUAGUUUGAUCAUA